UUGAACAAUAAAAAUAGAAAUUUGUGUAUUUUUCAUCAAUAGUUACUAUAAAGAAUAUUAAAACUUUUUUACUGGAAAAAAACUAACAACAAUAUGAUAUUAGAAUAUGGCCGAAUUGCAUAUAAUUGGAAAAGUUUCAUCUGCAAGAAAUUUUAAACAGAUACGUUUAUUCUGUAAAUGGAGUUUUUAUGUAGGCAAUGGAUGGAAAAUAAUAUCAGGACAUAAAGAAGGACAAACACAGGAGAGCUGUGAUUUUUAUAUUAAUAACCCAAUUUGGGAUCACCCUAUAGACUUGCAUUAUACAACUAAGACAUUACAAAAUUCUCCAAAACUAUUGUUACAAGUGUUUUGCAGAGAUAAUUAUGAAAGAAUACUUUUUCUUUCAUAUGGAACGUGUAAUAUUCCGUUGUCACCUGGUUCACACAUAUUAGAUUGUCAUACAUGGAAACCUGUUGGUAUAUAUGGUUCAAGUAAUUGGAAGGACAGACUACAAGAUAAAUUCUUAGGAAAAGGUUUACAAUUAAAAUCUCCAAGUGUUUUAAUCAAUACAGUGGAUAGGUUUGAAUUACUUACACAAAGUAUGGGAACAGUGAUUGUUCACUUACAUAUACUGACAAGAAAUUUUGAUAAAUUUGGAUGUCAGUUGUGACUUAACUUAAUCGAAUAUAAAUUUUAUGAAUUAUUUCCAGCAAUAAAAAGUAAAGUUAUGUGAAUAA